UAGAAGUCUUGAAGUCAACGGGUCGGCACUCCACUCUGGAUCAGUAAAAAAUCUUACUACAAAGCGACACGGGAAAAACUCGUCCACCCUUUACUUCUAUGUAUUACUUAUGUAUGAAUUCCGGUCAGGUGCUCGACAAAAAACCAUUGCUAUCUCGUCUGGUUUCCAAGUAAAGUUAAAUAUAUUCGCUUUCUUGUUAUUUUUCAGUUAAAGAUUGUAUUCCGAACCCUGUUCUUAAUACUCGUAAAUCCAAAAGUGAGAUCUUUGAUUAAAAGAAUUUCCUCUGCAGAUACAGAAUAAUUUGUACGAACAAGUUAAAUGCUUCGGUUCGGACGAGCUAACUGAACCCUCACGUCGACUCGCUCGAUACUAGGCGACUCGUUUCGCGCACAGGUGGAAAAAAGGGGGCGUGGCGGCAGAUCGCUGAGGUACACCAACGAAGACGCACACUACUGCAGCUGAGGGCCGAGUUGAGGGGCGUGGGCGUCUUUUGUCACACUUAUUUGAGUAUUUAUGAUACUGCUAAUAAACUUCUAAUGACUUGGAGUGGUCCCCAUACGAUGAUGGAGAGAAGACACAAGGUAAACUAUUUGAUUAUAGAAAGAGGUCAGCCCAAGCUUCAUUGAAUGCAUCACAGGUCCAGGUAAUGGAUGGAGCUCAGGUUCUAGAAAGCAUUCCAGAUGCGUUUUCGGAAACUCUAGGUUGUACUUCUCUUAUUGAACAUGACAUCUCCCUUGUUACUACCGAGUGUUUGAAGCCUAAGAUAUAUCCCAUACCUCUCCACCUGCAAUCACAUUUUGAAGAGGAAGUAGAGCUACAUAAGCAAGGGAUCAUUAGAUCGUCUUCUCACUGCUCACCCGUGGUAAUGAUACAGAAUACUCUGGGCAAACAAGUUAAAAGCUUGGGUUCGGACGAGCUGACUGAACCCCCACGUAGACUCGUUCGACACACACCGACUCUUUUCACUCACAAGGUGUGGCGGCAGAUCGCUUGAGGUACACCAACGAAGAAGCACACUACUGCAGCUGAGGGCCGAGUUGAGGGGCGUGGGCGUCUCUUGUCAUCCUUUAUUUUUUAGUAAUUAUGGUGUUGCCAUUUAGUUCGAAUAUAUUUGUAACUGGUGUCAUUAUUAAGAACAAAAUGCUUUGAUAUUGUUGGGAUUUCGGCGUUGUUAGAAACGAACCGACCUUGGUUCUUGUGACUUUUUUUUCUCUUAUAGGAAAUUUCAGCGUUUUUUUGGUGCAUGCGGUUUGUAGGGUUUCGGCGUUGUUAGCUAUUCUGGGAUACAAUUCAUAUUAAAUUCCUAUUGCAUAUUAAUUGAAG